AUGGAGAUGGGUUCUGAUGGAGAGGAUCAGAUCAGGAGCGUUGCUGCUGAUGGUGGUGGCAGUAAUAAGAAGAAGAAGAAGAUUGACAAUUCCAAUUCCAGUUCCAAGGACGCUCUCUCCAAGCCUAAGCGCCAGAUGAAAACUCCCUUUCAGCUCGAAACCCUCGAGAAAGUCUAUGCAGAGGAAACGUAUCCAUCGGAGGCGACGAGGGCUGAGUUAUCUGAGAAAUUGGAUUUGUCAGAUCGACAGUUACAGAUGUGGUUCUGCCACAGGCGGCUAAAGGACAAGAAGGAUGGCCAGACCAAGAAACCUACCAAACCAGCGUCGGUCCAACCGGCUGCUGCUGCUGCGGCUGCUUUUUCGUCGGUUAACGAUUUACCGGGUGCUGGAUCGGUUCCUGAAGUUGAUUCCAGAUCUGGUUCUGGCUCUGGCUCAGGCUGCAGCCCUUACUCGGAGUCAAGGAGGAACUUUGCGAGUGGAAGUAGCAGUUCUCGAGCCGAAUUGGAUGGUUACGAGACAAUGGGCAAGGCAGGGUACGAGCCAAGGUUGUCUAUGAUGGUUCGUAGAGCCAUUGUCUGCAUUGAGGCUCAGUUAGGAGAACCGUUGAGAGAUGAUGGACCGAUUCUUGGUAUGGAGUUUGAUCCGUUGCCUCCUGGUGCAUUUGGAACACCCAUAGCAAUGCAGAAGCACCAGGCUCAUAUAUAUAAGAGCAAAAUGUAUGAGCCACAUGAUGCCCGAUCUCGAAGACCUCUGGAUGAUCCGUCUUCCUUUACGCCUGAGAUGUAUGGACGACACUCUGAAAGUCAUGCACGUGGCAUGGACUACGAGAGUGCACGUUCCAAGAGUUCACCAUUUAUGCACGGGAACGGGCCUUUAUCAAGGUCAUAUGGUACCCAUGGAAGUGCUUCUCGUAACUGUUCUACAUCUCAACAAGACAUGCCUAGCCCCAUUGCUCCAUCAGCUCAUGGUGAUAGUUACCUGAUGGAGAGAGACUCAUCUGUCCUCCGGACAGAAGACCCGUAUUUGUUGUCCGACGGGGUGCAUAGGAAGGGAAAGAUUAACGAUGGUAGACUUGGAAGAGGGAGUGAAAACCGAGAGAACCGUGGACAAAAAGAUGUUGAGAAGCUAGAGAUUCAGAGGAAAAGGAAUGAAGAACGCAUGAGAAAAGAGAUGGAAAGGCAUGAGCGUGAGAGGCGUAAAGAAGAAGAGAGGUUGAUGCGUGAAAGAGUCAAAGAGGAGGAGAGGGUACAGCGUGAGCAGCGACGUGAAAUGGAAAGAAGAGAGAAGUUCUUGCAGAGAGAAUGUGAACGGGCGGAGAAAAAGAAGCAAAAAGAGGAGAUUCGUCGGGAGAAAGACGCUAUUAGACGCAAAAUUGCCGUUGAGAAGGCAACUGCACGUAGAAUUGCUAAGGAGUCUAUGGACCUAAUUGAAGAUGAGCAGCUAGAAUUGAUGGAAUUGGCUGCUAUUAGCAAAGGAUUGCCCUCGGUACUACAGCUUGAUCAUGACACAUUGCAAAACCUUGAACUUUAUAGAGAUUCUCUGAGCACAUUUCCACCAAAGGCUUUGCAACUGAAAAUGCCGUUUACCAUUUCUCCAUGGAAGGAUUCCGAGGAAAAUGUUGGAAACCUUCUAAUGGUUUGGAGAUUCCUAACAUCAUUUUCUGAUGUUCUCGACCUAUGGCCUUUUACCCUGGAUGAGUUUAUUCAGGCUUUUCAUGACUAUGACUCAAGGUUGCUGGGGGAGAUACAUGUUACUCUUCUGAGAUCAAUAAUACGAGAUGUUGAAGAUGUUGCUAGAACACCUUUUAGUGGAAUUGGAAAUAACCAAUAUACUACAGCCAAUCCCGAGGGUGGACAUCCGCAGAUUGUUGAAGGGGCUUAUGCAUGGGGCUUUGACAUCCGCAGCUGGAAAAAGCAUUUGAACCCACUGACAUGGCCUGAAAUACUGCGACAAUUGGCACUCUCUGCUGGUUUGGGUCCUAAGCUGAAGAAAAAAAAUUCCCGAAUGAAUCAUGCUGGUGACAGGGAUGAGGCUAAAGGCUGUGACGAUAUCAUUUCUUCUAUUCGCAAUGGUUCAGCAGCUGAAAGUGCUUUUGCAUCAAUGCGGGAGAAAGGGUUACUGGCUCCACGCAAGUCGAGGCAUCGGUUGACACCUGGGACUGUCAAAUUUGCAGCCUUUCAUGUUCUUUCUCUUGAGGGAAGCAAGGGACUGACAGUAUUAGAACUUGCCGACAAGAUUCAGAAAUCCGGACUUCGGGACCUGACAACAAGCAAGACGCCAGAGGCUUCUAUCUCUGUUGCAUUGACAAGAGAUGUGAAGCUCUUCGAAAGAAUAGCUCCUUCGACUUAUUGUGUACGAGCUCCUUACGUGAAGGAUCCUGCGGAUGGAGAGGCAAUACUUGCAGAUGCUAGGAAGAAGAUAAGGGCAUUUGAGAAUGGAUUUGCAGGCGCAGAAGAUGUGAAUGAUCUUGAAAGAGAUGAAGAGUUUGAAUGUGAUAUUGAUGAGGAUCCUGAGGUUGAUGAUAUAGCCACUAUGGCAAGUGCCUCAAAAAGUGCCGAUCUAGUUGAAGCGAAUGGUUUGUCUGGAAAGGGAGGAGAUGCUAUGUUCUGUGAUGUUAAAGCAGAUGUAAAGAGUGAGGUUGAGAAGGGGUUCCCUUCUCCUCCUCCAAGCAGUAUUAAGAGCCAUAGUGAGCAGCGUAAAGAUACAGCGGUUUCCUGCGUGGAUAAUAAUAAUGCUGUGGUUGAAGAUAGCAACCAGGGCCAAUCAUGGAUUCAAGGUCUUACAGAAGGGGAUUACUGUCAUCUAAGUAUUGAAGAGCGUCUUGAUGCCCUUGUUGCUUUAGUUGGUAUCGCCAAUGAAGGAAAUUCCAUCAGAGCUAGUCUUGAGGAUCGUAUGGAAGCAGCAAAUUCUCUUAAAAAGCAAAUGUGGGCUGAAGCACAGUUAGAUAACAGCUGCAUGAGAGAUGUACUUAAGCUUGAUUUUCAAAACUUAUCAAGCAGCAAGACCGAAACAACAAUGGGUCUACAAAUCAUUCAAAGCUCGAACCUUGAGAUGGAUAGUUUCGACAGAGACCCUUCUCAGCUUAUAGAUGAAACGAAGACCCUGGAAGUUGUUUCAAAUGAUCCUCAUAAAUCAUCUGCUGAGACGGCCUUUAUUAACCAAGAGGCCAAUAUAAGCCAAGAAAACUGUUCUUCUCAACAUGGAUAUGCUUCAAAGAGAUCACGCUCACAAUUAAAAUCGUAUAUAGGCCACAAAGCAGAAGAUGUGUAUUCAUACCGAUCUUUGCCGCUUGGACAAGAUCGGCGCCACAAUCGUUACUGGCAUUUUGCUGCAUCAGCAUCUAAAAGUGAGCCUUGCUCGGGGCUUUUAUUUGUUGAGCUCCAUGAUGGAAAGUGGCGCCUCAUUGAUUCUGAAGAGGCUUUUGACACUCUGGUUGCAUCACUAGAUAUGCGUGGGAUCAGAGAAUCCCAUUUACGCAUAAUGUUGCAGAAGAUUGAGGGGUCAUUCAAAGAGAAUGCUUGUAAGAACAUAAAUCUAUCUAGAAACUCUCUCUCGGAGGAAAAGAGUGCUCUGAAUCAUUCUCCUACGGAUUCGGUGAGCCCAUCCAGUGCUAUAUCGGGGUCAAACUCUGAUUCAAUGGAAACUUCAACGUCUAUUAGAGUUGAGCUGGGGAGAAACGACAGGGAGAAGGGGAAUAUAUCGAAACGGUUCCAUGAUUUCCAGAGAUGGAUGUGGAGCGUGACGUACAGUUCACUACCUUCUUGUGCUAGGAAAUACGGGAUAAAGAGAUGUGAACUGUUAGCAACAUGUGAAGCGUGUGCUGCGUCUUAUUUGUCUGAGUACACACACUGCACUUCUUGUCACCAGAGAUUGGACAUGGUUGGUAGUUCAGAGAGAAAGAUAUUAGAUUCAGGUUUGACUGCGUCUCCUAUUCCUUUUGGAGUCAGGUUGCUCAAAGCACUACUUGUUUUUCUUGAGGCUUCUAUUCCAGAUGAAGCUCUUGAAUCAUUUUGGACAGAGGACAAAAGAAAAGUUUGGGGGCUUAGGGUGAAUGCUUCAUCAUCACCUGAAGAACUUUUGCAGGUCUUGACUUCCUUAGAGAGUGCAGUCAAGAAAGAAUCUUUGUCAUCCAAUUUUGUAUCGGCAAAGGAGCUCUUGGGAGCUGCUGAUGCUGAUGAUCCGGCAUCAGUGGACGUUUUUCCAUGGAUACCAAAGACAGUAUCAGCGGUCGCUUUGAGACUUUCAGAUGUUGAUGCAUCCAUUAUGUAUGUGAAGCCAGAGAAACCUGAGCUAAUCCCAGAAGAUGAGAACGAGCAGAUUGGCCUUUUCCCUGGAAACUCUCUGUUGAAAGGCAAAGGACCCAAAGAGCAAGAAGAGCAAGACGAGGUUGUUCCAAACGCGGGUAAAAGAAGUAAUAAAAGACGAGUAAGCUUUGGUUCUGGAUCAAACAGAAAGGUGAAGAGGAAGAAAGCUCAAGUGGGUCCUAACAGAUUUGUCGCUGGUAGGAGCAGUGUUGCGGUCGAUAGGAACUUAACGAGCGUUGAGUUGGUGAACCAUCAAGUCCCUGGAAGAGGAAAGAGGACGGUUAGAAAAAGACCAGAGAGGAACGAUGAGGACAAUUACCGCUUAGUCAGCAGAAUGGCUGACAUUGUUAGGCCUAAAAGCGAAGAAGUUGAAGAGGAAGACGAGGAAGAAGAGGAAGAAGAGGAGCAGACGUUCAGAGACAUUGAUGAAGAUUGGGCAGGUGAAACUCCUAGAGAGAUGGACGAAGACUGGGCCAGUGGAACACCUAAUAGAAUGAUGACGCCGAUGCAAGUGGAUGAUGAGAGUGACAACAGUGUAGGAGUUGAAUCAGAGGAGGAGGAUGAUGAUGGUCAGUUUGUGGAUUACAGUCAGAGAAACAAGUGGGGAUUAAACUGGAAUGGUAACCCAAAUGAAGCAAUGGAGGAGGAGGAAGAAGUCGCCGGGGUUGAGCAGGUCGGAGGAGAAGAUGUCGCUGAAAUGAGUGAGGGCUCUGAAGAUGAUGAUGUACCUGUGAAUAAUGCAGCAGCAAGCAAUUACGACAGAGAAUCAGAAGAUUACAGCAGCAGCAGCAGCGAUUCAUAA